CAUUGAGCUGGUUGGUGUGCGUGUACUGCCUCAUGUUGACUGGUAGCAGUGCUGAAGAGGAGUCCUUCCCAUCACGGGUGCUGUAGAAACAACAUUGCCACCCAUCUGUUUCCAAAUUAGAGACCUUACAUGAAUGAAUAUGCUUCUUACAGCUUGGAGGCAAGGUGGAAUUCAGGAUCAAUUAGAUGGUUCCACUAAUUUCAGAAUCAUUAACUGCUUUGGAGUCAUAAACUAAACGUUGGCUUUACCAGUGUUGAAUUUGACCCGAUAGGGAGCUGUAUUGCUGAUGCUACAUUCUUCAUAAUGAAGAUGCCAACAGGAAUUCUUGCUUUGGUUAAACUACUGUCUAUUCUCACAAAGGAUUGCUGAAAAUGCGAAAUGUGCCUUUAUACUGCGAAAGAAAGAUCAGAAAAGAAGAUUUCUCUACAAUGAAUUUAAAACAAACCUUUGUUUGAGUCUCAUGAUUCGAAACAUACAGCUACUUUGCCAUGAUGACGAAUACUUCUGAAGAUAUAAAUUCGCAGUUGUCAACAACCCAAAAAUCAAUGGAAUCUGUGAACUCAACAGCGCAAACUUCGAAGCCCACUGCUAACUCGAAACAUGCGUAUAUUCCUGUAUAUGUAAUUAUACCACUGGCGAUUGUGACACUAAUUGCCGUUGUUCUUUAUUUAAGAUUAAGAAAAAGAAAAAAAGACGUUGUCAUUGGGGGAGAAAAGAAGAUUCCAAAUGGUAUUUUAGAAGAACAAGCAGAGCAACAGACAGUGAUGUUACUCAACAGAUCUCCCACAGUUUCAAAGUGGUAUCCCCCCAUUCCGUUAGAAGCUUUAGAACAUGAAGUCCAGAAACGCUCAGCUGAUGAUGGCAAACUAUUUCGGGAGGAGUUCAAUUCUCUGCCAAUUGGAACAUUAGGAUGCUGCGAAUCAGCAAAUAGAGAGGAGAACAAGGACAAAAAUCGUUAUCCCAACAUCUUGCCAGAUGACAAUUACAGAGUGAUUUUGACAGCUGUUGAUGGGGUACCAGGCUCGGAUUACAUUAAUGCUUCAUAUGUUGAUGGUUAUAAAGUGAAGAAUAAGUUCAUAGCAGCUCAAGGCCCCAAAGAAGAGACUGUUUCAGAUUUCUGGCGAAUGAUAUGGGAACAGAAAUCUGCUACUAUUGUUAUGUUAACAAAUGUAAAAGAGAAGAAGGAGGAAAAGUGUUACAAGUACUGGCCUGACCAGGGUUUGUGGACCUAUGGAGCAAUCCGGGUAUCAGUGGAAGAUGUCACAGUCCUUGUGGACUAUACCAUUCGCAAGUUCACCAUUCAGAAUCAAAGAGUGGGCAACAAAUCUCCAAGACUAAUAACACAGCUUCACUUCACUAGCUGGCCUGAUUUUGGUGUACCAUUUGCACCCAUUGGCAUGCUCAAAUUUCUGAAGAAGGUUAAAAUGGUGAAUCCUUCCUAUUCAGGACCUAUUGUGGUUCAUUGCAGUGCUGGUGUAGGCAGAACAGGAACAUUCAUAGUUAUCGAUGCUAUGAUUGAUAUGAUAUAUGCAGAGCAGAAAGUGGAUGUCUUUGGUUUUGUGUCAAGAAUUCGUGGUCAGCGUUCACAACUAGUUCAAACUGAUAUGCAGUACUCCUUCAUUUAUCAAGCUCUGCUUGAACAUUACUUAUAUGGCGACACAGAGUUGGAUGUGAGCUCUUUGGAGAAGCAUAUACAGAAGCUUCACAGUAAAGCAGGACAGUUUGAUGUCACAGGCUUGGAAGAAGAGUUUAAUAAAUUAACUACUGUCCGAAUAAGGAAGGAGAACAUGCGAACAGGAAAUAAGCCAGUAAAUAUGAAAAAAGCCAGAGUUCUUCAGAUCAUUCCUUAUGAUUUCAACAGAGUUGUUCUGCCCAGGAAAAGAGGACAAGAGUUCUCUGAUUAUAUCAAUGCUUCAUACAUUGAUGGUUACCGGCAGAAGGAUUAUUUUAUUGCUACUCAAGGCCCAAUUCCAAAUACAGUGGAGGAUUUUUGGAGAAUGGUUUGGGAUUGCAAAUCUCAUACCAUUGUGAUGCUCACAGAACUCAGAGAAAGAGAGCAGGAAAAGUGUUCACAGUAUUGGCCAUCAGAGGGCACUGUAACAUAUGGCGCCUACGCGAUAGAACUGAAGAAUGACCAUUUUUCUGAUGCUUUCAGUAUCAGGGACCUUACUGUCACAAAUGCCACAGAAAACAAGGGCAGGAUAGUUCGACAGUUCCACUUUCAUGGCUGGCCUGAGAUUGGCAUUCCAGUGGAAGGUAAAGGAAUGAUAGACCUGAUUGCAGCCGUCCAGAGACAGCAACAACAGUCCGGCAAUCAUCCGAUCAUAGUGCACUGCAGUGCCGGUGCUGGCAGGACAGGCACGUUUAUUGCAUUGAGUAAUAUUCUGGAGCGAGUGAAAGCCGAAGGCCUUCUAGAUGUUUUCCAAACUGUCAAGAGCCUCCGAAUGCAACGGCCACAUAUGGUGCAAACAUUGGAGCAGUACGAUUUCUGCUACAAAGUGGUUCAAGAUUUUCUAGACAUACACUCCGAUUAUGCCAACUUCAAAUAAGUGUUUGCCUUACCGUUUUUUUAUCUUUUCAAUUGUUAGCUGACAGGCCAGUAAAGCAUCUUUUGUACAUUAAAUUAUCAAGAAUUUAUUUUGUAUUUUGCUAUGCACUUGUUGUCUAGAAGAAUAUUCCUACUAAGUUGAAGGUCAUUUAUUGUCAUGUGACUGCUUUUGUGUAUUCAGGUGACAAUAAUUGGGGAGUCAUGCAUCUGUUACGAGUCAUUCAAUAUUUUUAACUGAAUGACAAAAUGGAGUACAUUUACCACAUCUCACCCACUCCUAAAAGAACUUUAUUUAAAAAGAAAUAUUUUAUAUGUCAUUAUCAGUUACGUUUUGUUUCGAAUCUUGAAUGUACAGAAGAUUGAGUCGGAUUAACUGAAGAAAAAUCCUUACUUGCUUUGUGAAAAUGCCAACAAUGUUUGACCCCCUCAAAAGUGUUACAAAAUGUGAAUUUAUACUGUGCAUUGGAGUUUGCAUUAUUUUCAAAAGGUUGGGUGUAAACCAUAUAUAAUAGAUAUAUUUUUAUAUGAAAAGUUUACAGUGUUAUAAUGUUAGUUGUAUAUUGUGCAUUUUGACAUUGUUUUGGCUUAACUAAAAUGUUUGUUUUUAAAAAUGCUUAAUGACAAUACAUUGUUGUCCAAGAGUUACUUUUAUUUUCUCAUCUAUUUAUUUUAAAUUUCUUGUGCUCCUCCUCACCCCACAGAAAUAACCUGGGUCAGCACGACAUAACGAUCGCACCUCCUUCUCCCCGUAAUAGUGACCCCUCCAUCCACUUGCUGUUGGCAAGGACAGCCCAACAUUAACUCGCCAAAGUCUGGCAAACAUACACUAAAACACCUAUUUAGCUUCCUGCAUGGCAUUGGUCUGAUGUAAAAUCCAUCUGUGGCUGUUUUUAAUCCUUAUUGCUACAUAUGGUGGGGGAAAUACUUGGCUGCAUUUCUAACCGAACAGUACAGCCCAUGGUUAUUCCCAGGGGCCAGACACAGGUGAAGACCACUACCCACAGAGCCGACAUGGUGUUCUUCAAUGAAGAAAGUUGCUUUAAACACACAAAAAGCAGCCUGUGAUGCUGCCUGCUACAGGAGAAUCGGCUUAAUUCUGCAUAGCUUAUGCAAACCAAUCAAAUUACUACCCUACAGAAGUGAAGGCAUGUUUUAAGUAAAUAUGAAACAUUUAAUACAUAUAAACUUGGUAUGUUUAUUAAAAUAAUGUUUCUGUAACAUUGAUAUGCUGGAAAAGGAGGAAGUGGUGCUCAUUUGAUUCACAAAUCCCUAUUUUUGCCUGUGGAAUGAGAAUUCUUCCAAUAAAAGUUGUAAAAAUGCAGUAGGUUUAUGAGCAUCCGAAAGAGAUAGCGAAUCUCAGAAGCUUUACUGCCUGAGCAAUUUCAGUAUGUAAAUCGGGUUUUAUUGAACAGACACAAUCAUUUUCAAUAUUAAGAGAGAGUGAAGAAAUAAUCUGACAUGUUUACAGUUGAUGAAAAAUGCCAAUUUAAAGAAUGAUAUGUGCAGUGGCCAAUUAUUUAGUAUCACAUCAAGUUAUAGCUGACAUGGGUGAAACUGAUUUCCAUUUAGGGCCUGUACAAAUAUACUCAAAAUGAAAUGAAGAUAAAAUAGAAAUGAAGUGAAGAUAAAGCUGGAAUUAAAUUCUUCUUUGUUUUGGACUGCUAGAAAUGUGGAAAAAUUGCUGGCCUACAGAAACAAUACUUAACAAAACUGAGAGGUUGUUCUCACUAGUGCAUAUUGUCACUGAAUUGAAGUUUCUCGAUUUCCCCUGGCUGGGGGAAAAAAUACACAGGGGCACAGUCCCGGAUAAGGGACUAAUGAUUUAUGACUGAGAUAACAAGAAAUUUCUUCACUUUGAGUUGUGAAUCUUUAGAAUUCUGUGCCCAAAAGGAUUAUAGAUAUUCCAUCCAUGAAUAUGCUUAGGGCUGAGAGAGUCCAAUUUUUGAUGACUAAUAAAUCCAGGGAUAUGGGGAUCAGAAGGAAAAGUGGACUUGAAGCUGUGGUUCUGUUAAAUGGAGGGACAAACUUGAGUAGCUCUACUGUUGCUUCUAUCUUUUCUUCUGUAAAAAAAAUUACAAUGUCCCUUUAUUUUCAUGGUUUUAUCUAUAUUUUUUCAUCUUUGUGACUAUGUCAGGUCAAAUAUCUGUCCUUUUUACAUUAACCAUAACAGACCUCAAACAAAUUUCAUUAAUUCAUGCAAUUGAAGAUGUCCAUCCAGGUCCUAUUUAACUUAUUCAGUGUUAGCAACAGAAAACCUUCAUUUUUCAAGUCUGUAACUCAAUGCUUAUAACAUCCUCGUGACUACACAACUUCCAUUGUUUUCUAUCUGUUCUGGGGUUUCUAGCAUUCCCUACAGUAUUCUGACAGCAGUGUGGCUAAAACAGGGAAUUUGACUUUCUUCUCUUAGGUGGGAGGAGUAGUGGAGCAGUGAAAAUAAAAGGGCUCCAGUUUCUCCUACAUUCGUGCUGAUUUCUGAUUUUAACACUAUCGGUUAUGAUGGCAAUUGAGGCUCCUCUUGGAAAUGGGCAGGACCCUGGUGCAUAAUUCCAAGCAGGAGAUCAGUGUUGUCAGGACCGUGGCUGUUAAUAGCCCACUGACGUAGUCUAGAGCCAACAUGAGGAGUGUUCUUCAGUGAUCUGUGAUAAUCCACCUAAAACGCCCACUCCAAUAACAUGAUACACACUGCCAAGCAGUCCCCUCUAUCACAAAGUACGUGCACUGGAGAAGCUCCUUGUUCUGCCAUCAAUGGCAUAAGGCCAAGAGAAUUUCACCUGCCUUUUGCCAAUGUAGCUGCUACUUUCCACCCUUAUCGGGGGCCAACUAACCCUUGGGAGUUAAAAUACUCUCAAUGCACGAUAAUUACUGAAGUUAAUCUGGACUGUCAAAAUCCUAUUUAUGUAUUACCUCUUUACUUCUGUAUUCUGUGCCUCUAAAUGUAAAACCAAGGAUUACUCUUGACAUUUUUUAUGGCCUUACUUAACUGCACAAAUACCAUUAAUGACUUGUAUAUCUGUACCUCAAGGUCUUUCUACUUACAUACAUCAUUUAAACCAUCCCAUUUUGAUGCAUUUCUUCUUAUCCUUCCUUGCAAAACAUAUAACUACACAUUGUUUGUGCAUUGAAUUCCAUCUGCCAUUUCUGCUAACACCUGUUCCCUUGUAAUCUCCCCAAGCUUCAUCACAAUUUGCUGUACACAAUUAUGCAAAUUUCAAUAUUGUUCUUUCAGUUUGCCAAUAAUAUUUGUAUAUUCUAAAGUCUCCAUAACAAAACCCUGUAGAACAUCACUUAGCACCGAUCAAAGGGUAAGAAUCCCACAGUAACUCAUUUCCUGACUCCACAAAGCUUGUCCUGUCUGCAAGGCACAAAUCAGGAAUGUGAUGGAAUACUCCCCACCUGCCUGGAUGUGUGGCUCCAUCAGCACUCGAGAAGCUUGUCAGCAUCCAGAACAAAGCAGCCCACUUGAUACCACAUUCAGAACCUUUCAUCACUCCACCAAUGCUCGGUAUCUACAGAUGCACUGCAGAAAUUCACCAGUUUUAUGUAGCACAUACCAAAGUCAUGACCACUUCCAUCUCAAAAGACAACGGCAGCAGAUAGAUGGAAAUACCAUCACCUGCAAGUUCCCUCCAAGCCACUCACCACAUCCUGGCUUGGAAAUAUAUCACCAUUCUUUUAGUGUCAUUAGGUCAAAAUCUUGGAAUUCCUCCCGAACGGCAUCGUGGGUCUACCUACAGUGCAUGAAAUGCUGUAUUUCAAGAAGGCAGUUCACCAUCAGCACAUCCAGGGAAACUAGGGAUAGGUAAUAAAUGCUGGCCCUGUUAGUGGCAUCCACAUUCAAUGACUGAAUUUAAGGAGAAAAAUUCUGUGAAAAAUGCAAAAAAUUGCCAUAAAACUGUGUAUAACUUAAAUACAUUUUUUCUAAAUUCAAGUGAGCCGUAUUUAUUUGAAACAGUCUAAAAAGUUGAUUGAGCAUGACCAGCCUUUUUGAAAUCUGCGCAACAACCUAUAGUUUAGUGUCCCAGUAGAUUACGUUUAAAUUAUCAAAGGUGAAUAAAAAAUAAACAAAUCUUUUGCUGACUUUUUUUUGGAUAUUAGAAUAAUUUAGCCUGAUAUCUAAAUGUAAAUCUAUACCACAGGAACACAUACAAGCUAGAAAAAAAUGUGAAAUUCUAGAAACCCAACUCAUCCAUGCAUUAUUAUCUGCAGAUGUAAUAUUACACAAACUGGAGUGGCAGAGAAGGGAAUGAUUGAAUAUCACUUUUAUUCAUUACAUUAUGUUUGGUUUGCAAAUUCCAUUUGUAUCUGUCAUUGUUCCAUUGUUAUUGAUAUGUUUUCUUCAGUGGUUGCUUUAAUUUUAUUUCAAACUUGAUUCUUUCCUGCUUACCUCUUCCAAUCAAUGAGAGUUUAUCUACUAAAGUAAAAUAAUUUAACCCUUUGCUGAAAAUAAGCAACUUAUCAUUUGUAAUCAAAAUGUAGUCCAUACAGUUAUUACUCUUCAUGUCUUUAUUAAGGUGAGGUUACACAGUGCCUUGUUUCCUUUCUAGCUCAUUGAGGUGAAGGGUAUUAGUUCAUUGGGGAAGGGCAAGUAGGGGUGUGGUGCGGUCUUACUUUCUUUCCAUUUCAGGAAGCCAAGGUGGGAUUUUUAAAAUUAUUUUGCUGCCCUGUUCCAACUGUAAAGGCGGUGAGACAGUGAAGGCUCCACAGUGUGUGCAAACCAGGAGACCAAUGGUUCAGUCCUAAAAUUGGGCCUCAUCGAAAUAAUGUGCUGAGGCACUGCAGCCUGACCUGCCUUCACAUGCAGUUCAGAAUCCGGUAUUUCAUAUUGCAGCAAGUGCCCAGGGUAAGAUGUAGAGUGUACAUGGUUGAAAGAACAGGAGAAUUAUCAAUCACACGCUGACAGUAACCCUCAAAGAGAAUGAGCUUGAAGGAGCGCUUCUGGUCAACUGGAACAUUUUCAAAUUUGCCUUUCAUUGAUGAUUGCUGCUUAUGCCACAGUAGCCAUUUGUAAAAAAAAAUCCAGUGCUGAGCAGGCGCUGUCACCUACUCAACUCACUGCAGCACAAUUAGGGUGAGGGAACCUAAUAAUAGGCAUCAGGCCCUUCCUUUACAUAUAUUAUGGACCUAAUGCCUGUUUUAGGUAACCUCCAGGUAAUACAGAAAAAAUGGCCUAUCUUGGAUGUGGGCCCUUGGAAGGGAUAAGUUAGGAAACUCCAGGAUCUGGCAGAAUUUGCAGUCCUUCAACCAGAAUGAACGAUGUAAAUUUUUUUUAUUGUCCUGUUCAUAUCUGUUGUGCCAUGCAGGAUGUGACUUGACCUGAGCCUCUGGCUCAAAGGCAGGGAGGCUAUUCUUGUGUCACAAGAGCCCCGAAUGGGCAAAGUAAUCAUGAGAAAAUGGUAAGAUUUGUUUGACUUGGUAUCCUGUUUAAGAUUCAGCUAUCAGCUCCAUCUUCUAAUUUUGGUUUCUGUCUUUUGAGAUUAUACAAAUUUAUACAGUAUUCAAUAUAUUCUACAUUUAGAAAAAUCAUUAGCUUCCAAAAUUAAUUUUCAACCUCUACGCCGUCAUUCUUAAGACACGAUCUUUUGAAGUAUUACACUAAGGGGAUUCAAAAGCUACACCACCAAAUAGGACUGAAAAUAAUCUAUUUUUAAAAAUGUUUUCAAGAGGAUAGAGGAAAUUAAUAUUUCAUAUUAGGUUCAUGAUUCAUAUCCAAUCUAAACCAAACAAAAUUCUUUCUGAUUGUGCUAUAAUAUGUACAUGUUCAAUAUCUCAGUGUACACAUCAGGUUUUCUCCUCAGAUCAUGAUAUAGUGAAAAUGUUCAGCUUCUGAUGCUCAUCCUUCUGUUAACAAUUAUAAGCAUCAAAAUCAUUCACAUGUAGCUUUACCUUUGUCUUGUCCUUUCAACUGAAUUGCCCAAUUGAAGAAAUGCCUAGGCUACUAUUUAAUCUUCUGAUUUUACUUGCCUGAAGAUGCCUUGGUGCAUUUUUUAACAUGUACUUCCACUAUGCCACAGUUGCCUAGGGAAGCACACAUGGAUUAAUUAGCAUGAACUUAAUUUAACAAUGAAAAGUAAAUACGUUGCCAUAUUUUUAAUAAAUUGCGGGUACUUUUACACCCAACCUUUGAGAGAAGCUACAGGCAAACGAGCUUGUAAAUUUGAGGCAACACUAUGGUAUAUGUAUACUGCCAUUUAAUACUAUUAGUCGCCCAGUAACAGCUUAUCUUUCUGUGCAAUAUAAAGUUGAAUGAUUUGUAUGUAGAACCUAUACAGAUAAAUCAGUAAUAUUAACAAAUACCGAUUUAAUAUGGAAUGUUUUAUUGUGCUCAGUGUUUAUGCAGUGCAAAUAAUGUGUUUUUAAUUGUUUCAUAUCCUUUUCAGAUGAGAUUUCUUUGUUUCUAUUAAGAUGCAUUAUAUAGUACUUAUUAAAGGCCAACUAGUAAUGAGAAGAAAUUUAUGAUAAGUAAGUAAAGUACGGGAAUGUUUUAGAUGGAACAGUUAAAAUAAAAUGUAACAUUUUUCUGGAUGCAAAUAAUUCACUGCAGAAGCUCAGGUAUCUCUCUCAUGCUUGGGCCUCAACCAUUUUAAACAAUUGAACAAGCUUUGAGGUUUGCCUUGUGUAGUUCUAGAAUCUGGUCAGCAUUUCAUAACACACCAGCAUUAUUACAAGUUGGAGCAGAUUUUUAAAACAAUUAUAGGUUUUAUCAAUAUUAAAUCUUAAAUCUGAUGUCCAGUUUGGAGUAUUAUAUUGGCAUGGAGUAGUAUUAUUGGCAAUUUUUUUGUUCUUGAGUGGCACCUGUUAUCUGUCUGUCAAACUGCCUUACUGUCAGCGUUACCAUUUAUAUUAGAUGGACAACUCCACUCUGGGAAAUUGUUCUAAACUGGAUUGUUUGAAUCAACACACAAUCUCAGGCCAGACAUCUGAGUUACCUUUAAAAUAUGUUUAUUAACAGACUGUAUGAUGGCAUAUGAUGGCAAGGCUACAGAGCAGUAUUUCUUGUUCUAUACAUGCUCCAACCUUCUAGCAGAGUAUAAGCACAUGACUACUGAGGAAAUAGUUGCAUCACAGCUUACCUCGAAGGUUCAACUACAUGCUUAUUCAACUCUUUCUCUACUGGUAAUUAGCCUAAAAUAGAUCAAAUUCAAUUGGAAUAACACUGCCCAUUAAUUUGAUUUGGGAUUUACUACAGGACAUUAUAGGGAAGGCAAUGGCCUAGUGGUAUUAUUGCUGGACUGUUAAUCCAGAGACCCAGACAAUGUUCUGGGGACCUGAGUUUAAAUCCCUCGAUGGCAGGUGGUAGAAUUUCAAUUCAAUAAAUAACUGGAAUUAAGAAUGUAUUAAUGACCAUGAGCCAAUUGUUGGGGAAAAAAACAUCUGGUUCACUACUGUCCUUCAGGGAAGGAAACUGCCGUCCUUACCUAGUCUGGUCUACAUGUGACUCCAGACCCACAGCAAUGUGGUUGACUCUUAACUGCCCUCUGGGUAAUUAGGGAUAGGCAACAAAUGCUGCCUGGUCAGCAACACCAUUGUCCUGUGAAUGAAUAAAGAAAAAAAAUUAGAUGAUAACUCUGUUUUAACCAAUAUAAUUAUGUAGCAGAUGCACUUUUAUUGCACAUUUUUCAUCAUUUUUUGUGCAAUGCUUUCCAACACAGGGAAAGCUAAACAAAACCUUUGUGUCUUUCUACAAUAAUAUACAUCAAAUUACAUUUAUAAAUAUUUGUACCAGUCAGGUCAGAAAGGGACAGUAUUGCUAGCUAGAUAAUAGAAUUCUUUUCAUCUGGCCUUUUAUAAGUCCAUAUUGUACUUCUGUUUAAAUAAAAACAGAGAUUCUGUGUUUUUGUUUGACAGUACUUAUUGAUCUGUAGAUCAUUCCCAUUGCACUAAUCUACUGACUUGUGCUUGAAAAACACAUAAAAUGUAUAAAGAGUUUUGAUCUUGAAUAAAUGAAAUCUGCCUGAAAUUAGAACAUAUGAAUGCAAAAACAGACCUUGCAGCUUUGAUUUGCAGAAAUAUUGAUAAGGGAUGGCAUAUUUUUGACAGAACAACAAUAAUCAUUAUUCAAAGUAUUCAGAAUAUCAAUAAUGUUUUGGAACAGUAUUCUGGUUCUUUGUGCUCAGAAAACAAUAUACCUGAAAGUCUUUGUUAUGGUUGUUCAAAGUAUUUAUUUCAUGUAUAAUAAAGAUAAUUAGAAAUAUAUUUGAACAGGGGAAGAUUAAUUGUAAUUUUUCCAGAUCUCAUUGUAUUAGCUCCAAGAUUAUGUCAACCCUAAAAUGAUAUAGAGUACUGUUUAAAGUGUUUUGUUGAAAUAUAAUUAUCUAUUAAUAGAUCAUUAAGGUAUUGCUAAAUUCUGUUAAGUUGAAAUGUAUGCCUUUUUAUCAGCUAGUGUACUUAUGUUUUGUUCAUGGUGGUCAACUUGCCAUCAUGUUAUUUAUCCAUCUUUGCUAAAUAAUAUUUUUGCAAUUUGAAACCAUUAAUAAAUGGCAAA